GUUACACGGAUGUCUCCUAUACCAGUUUACCCUGCAACUGUCCCACACACUAUGUUCCGGUGUGUGGCAUCAAUGGUCGCACUUAUCCCUCUUUGUGUAUUGCACGUUGUUUGGGUCUACAGGAUAGUGAUUUAGAUUUCGGUGCCUGUUCCGUAUGGAAUCCAUGUGCUCCCGGUGCAUAUCAUUGUCCGGCUGGCACGCAAUGUGUCGAACAUAGGCAAAUUUGUUUAUCCUCCAUGCAUAGGCCAUGUUUACAGUACAAAUGUGUUAACCAAACGCUGCCAUGUGAAGACACCGAUCAACCGGUUUGCGAUACCAAGGGUAUGACCUACAAAUCAGCCUGUGAUCUAGUGAAUGCCAAAUCGACGUUUGCCCAUUGGGGUCCUUGUAAUCGUGGCUGUUCUUGGAAGGGUCCAGUGUGCGGUAUCAACGGCGUUAAUUAUCCCAGUGAAUGUGCUGCCUGGUCCGAUUAUGUUCUCGUCGAUUAUAAGGGACGUUGUCGUGAAGUCGGUCUACUGAGUCAUGAUUUGGAAAGGAAACGUUGUCGUCAAGUUAAAUGUCCCGAUUUACCAUCCCCCUACUGUCAAGCCAUAACGCCACCGGGAGCCUGUUGUCCCCUAUGUGCAUCAGCAUUUCGUAUUAUCUAUUCUCGGAAACAAAUCGAUCGAGCUCUCUAUGCCCUCCGGGGGCAACACAAAGAUUUGCUGACUUUACGUAGUGUCCUACAUGAACUCGAUAGCCUUAUACAGGUUACCGAAUGUCAGUUAACAGGUUUCCUCACCAUGGAAGUGGGUAUAUUUGUGGCGAUUGUACCGAGGGCUUCAACACCCAAUCGCAUGCAAAUUGAAGCCUGCAUUCGCGAAGCGGAAAAGCUAUCGUCGCUGAUAACUGCACAGUCGCAUAAAAUUACCACAAAUUUAAUAUUAUCCGGUUUGACCAUGUCCAAUAUGUUAGAUCCCAGCAUUGAAAAUUCCGCAAUACCCUGUUGGAAGAGCUGUAGUUCACAGCUUUUGGUGUUGAUG